UAAGUCGAUUUCUUGAUAUGUCCUAUUUGCUCUACCUUGUUUCUUUUUGCCACUCCUCUACUUAAAACAAUUUUUAUACUUCUUUAUGCUACGAGUUGUCGAUAUCAGUCAAUCGGGAAGCUACCCUGCCAAAUUUCGUGAGAAACGCUCAAGAGGAAUUUAAAUUCCGCGCCAUCGGGUAACCCUCUCGUGUCAGUUGGCGUCAGUCGUCGCUAUUCGUUAGUAUUCGUUAGGUGCGAUUGUUUAUAAUCGAGAGCACAUGGUUUAUCGUAAAUGAUCGUUAGUUAUUCCAGGAACUACUAAUUUGGUCAUUUCGAACGGUGUAUUUGUUCACCUAUUUAAAUGAUAAAGAUUGUUCGUUGUUAAUCAUGAUGCGACAUAUGUACUCGAAAGAGGUUAUGUGAAUGAUAUAUAAAUUGACGAAAAUCAGAAACUGUUAAAAAUGACUACGCGUUACAUAUCUUGCGCAUGUAACCGCGUCCCACACUCAGCCGAUUGGGGAAGGAAUGGUCUAAUUUGUUUUGGCGCAUGUAACGCGGUGGCAAUCUAUGACCCAGAUGUUAAUAGGCAUGGCAAAGUGUUGCAAACUCUACAACGACACACUGGACAAGUUACGGUCACAAGAUGGAUCAAGCAAAGAGAUGCAAAGCCUGAAAUGGAAAUUUUAUCUGGCUCCAGUGAUGGGACGAUCGUUAUCUGGACUCGGAUCGAUAAUGUUUUCAAAUGUACUUCGGUUUUAAAUAUUGACCAUGCAGUUACUAUUGCUAAUUCCUUGUGCAUCUACGAGUACUAUAAUGAUCCUGUUACUCACUUCGCGCCUUUACUGAUAUGCACUGGGUCCAUUUCUGGAGACUUGAAAUUAUGGAAAAGAAGUAAAGAUGGAGCCACUGUGUGUUUUCAAAAACUUCAUUUUGAUAAAAAAUUAACCAUUGAAGCAAAUUUGUGGCUUUUGCCGAAUGGUAAGAUUCCUAUACUAGCUGUUGCACUGGAAGAUUCGACGAUCCAACUGCAUUGCCGAAACAAUACGUUCGAUGAAGAAAUGAAUUUCGAGAUGGUUCAAAUCCUUGUUGGACACGAGGACUGGAUUAGAUGUAUGGAUUUUACUAAUGACAAUAAUGGAAAUGUUUUGAUGGCUAGUGGAUCCCAGGACGGUACUAUUCGUUUAUGGAUUAUUUCAAAGAAAUUUAAAGAGAACGACGAUAACUUGCUGACUCGGGAGCAACGGAUAUUUUGGAUUAAUGAUGAAAAGUAUACGGUAAGUUUAGAAUCAGUUUUUAGUAGUCACGAAGGAUGGAUCUAUGGAAUUCACUGGUACCCCUGGAAUAUUAUCGACGGAAAAUACGUUCAACCGAUGAAACUUCUAUCGUCUUCUCUGGACAAAACUAUGAUCAUAUGGGAACCGGAUGCUGCCACUGGCAUAUGGCUGGAUCGAGUUAGAGUAGGUGAUGUUGGUGGCAAUUCUCUAGGAUUUUAUGGGUGCAAGUUCAGCCCAAACGGACUAAGUAUAUUUGGGCAUGGUUAUGAAGGAUCGUUUCACAUUUGGAAAUGUUCAUCCGAUGCAAAGGAUUGGUUCCCGAGAACUGCACUGACUGGCCACUUUGGCGAAGUAAUCGAUUUGUGUUGGGACCCAAAAGGAAGAUUUUUAAUCACUGCCAGUAAGGACCAAACGACGAGAAUUCAUGCACCUUGGGGAGGAGGAUCGCAAGAAACUUGGCAUGAAAUUGGACGUCCCCAAAUUCACGGCUAUAAUAUGACCUGUUUAGUAAUGCUGAAUCCAUACGUGUUUGCUUCCGGAGCGGAAGAAAAAGUCAUACGUACGUUCACAGCUCCAAUGGCAUUCGUGAAUUAUUUAAAACAAAUAGCAGGUGUCAUCGAUAUCAAAUAUACCGUGGCCGAAGGUGCCUCGGUUCCUGUACUUGGCCUUACCAACAAAGCUCUUUUUGGCGAACAAAAGAUAUUAGAAGAUGAUUCAAUAUUGAGAUACUUAAAAAAUUUGAAAUACGAAAACCCCCCAACGGAAGAAGAACUAGUUCGGUACACUUUGUGGCCCGAAUUACAGAAACUGUAUGGGCAUGGACACGAAAUAUUUUCAAUGUCAGCAAGGCAUGAUGGAUCCAUAUUAGCUACAGCUUGUAAAUCAGCUUCACCCGAACAUUCGGCUAUAAUUUUAUGGAAUACAAAAACUUGGUAUAUCCAUCAAAAACUGAUAUCUCAUCAAUUAACUGUUACACAAAUGGCCUUUUCACCCAAUGAUAAAUAUUUGUUGUCAGUUUCGAGAGAUAGAAGGUGGUCGCUCUUUCAACGUGACGAUGACUUUUACACAUUAGUUGUUACUAGUUCGAAACAAAGGAGCUUUCACAGUCGUGUGAUUUGGUGUUGUGCAUGGACUCCUGAUUCCAAACUGUUUGCAACUGGUUCUCGAGAAGGUAAAAUUGGAGUGUGGAAUGUCCUACCCGAUACGUUAAAUAACAAAGAUAUUCAACCUGUUACAAAUUUAAAUUCAAAAAAUGAUCCAGUAACGGCUCUUGCAUUUGCGCUUUUAUGUUACGAACGAAACUCUUACGUAAUGGCAAUAGGUUUUGAAAGUGGAGUGAUAGAGAUUCAAAGAUUAUUAUUAAUGGUCGAUAAGCUUACUUGGCAAAAAUUUCAGUCUUAUGACUGCUCUCAGGCUCAUCAUGCACCAGUUAAGCGACUUAUGUUUCGUCCGUUAUUAGAAUCUGCACCAGUUAUACAACUGGCGAGUUGUGGAGCUGAUAGAAUUGUCAAAGUGUACGACAUUGAUUUCAAAGAAUCUUCUCGUACAUGAAUUUUGUACUUUCGAAGAGAAUAAAGAACUAACAUAAGAUUGAAA